UAUGUGACUAAGCAAGUGAAGAAGAUGUGAAGGAGGAGAAGUUGUUAAACUCCAUCAUUAGCGUGCGUUACGCGCUAGAUGUAGUGAAUAAUGAACGAGUCGAGACCUGAGAAAGAGAAAGUUUAUGAAUCGUGCCCAUCCCUGAACAUUUUGCUGAGUAUUUGCAGCAGUUUGGGACGUGUGACGUUACUGCUGGUGUAAUUGGGCUGUGCUAAAUGCCACCCCGCCGCGUGGACUCUCCGUCCACACGCCAUCUGCUUUAGUUUGAGUUGAGGAAGCGCGCUGUGCGCAUUAGCCAACCCAACUUUGUGCUGCAUGCAACUCUGAGUGAGUGGCUUCACGUCCAUUUUUCGCACUUCUUCUCCAUUCACUUGGUUAGUUUCACCCGGGAUCUGUUCUUCAGCUGAUCAGAGUUUGGAGCAGUGUCCUUAUCCAGCGCAGCAGGUACCUUUAAUAACUACUUCGUGCGUUUUGCGCGCAGUGGCACUGAAGAGCCGCGUCACUAUUUAAGCACAGGACAGACAGCUGCGUAGCACUUUGGCUUCUUCCUGAUUCCUUGUACAAAGCUAAACCCUGUGUUACUGAUUAAGGAGAGUAGAAGAUGCAGCCGCUGAGGACUCUCCUCCUCGUACUGGCCGUGCUCUGCACUCCGGUCUCCAGCCUCUGUUUGCGCGCGUACGGCACCGACUCGGGCUUCCUCUGCGACGGCGAGCUGCUUUCCAGCGCGAACGCGGACGAGGGACGAGUCGUGAACGCGCCCUACGACGGCGAGGAGUCGUCCGAGGAGUCGCGAGAGAGGCGGACUUUACCCGGCUCCAGCUACAAGUUUCUGAGCCACACCUUGCUCAGGAGCAAGAUGUACGGCAACGGUGCGCGGAGUGACCGGCGCAGCAGGGUGACUCUGUCCCUGGACGUGCCCACCAACCUGAUGAACGCGCUCUUCGACAUCGCCAGAGCCAAAAGCCUGCGCGCCAAAGCUGCGCACAACGCGCGCCUCAUGGCGCAGAUCGGCAAGAGGAGGUGAACCUCCUGCGCGCUCCCUGGGCUUUUUGCUUUUUUUUUUUUUUUUUUAAUUGUGUGUGUUAAUUAAUAUUAUUUGAUUGCCUCGAGUAUUAGCAAUAACAUACAGUGCAGCACGGACAUGUAAGUGAGUUGAACAGAGAUGUAUAAAUCUAGUUUGGGGACACUCAGAAAUGCUUAACGUGGCUUUCAUGAAUAAAUUUAUUUUUUAAAACA